AUGUCAAGACUGUCUACUGAGCUCUUUGAGAAUGAAAUGAAGCAUUUUAUUUCAAGAAAACUUCUACUUGACACGUACUCAUACCAACAACCAGCGGCUGCUGUGACAGCUCCAUCACGGUCAAGCCCAUAUACAGAACAUAGCAACUUUGAUGCGAAUGUGGUGAUGGUGCUGUCGGUGCUGAUAUGCGCUCUGAUUUGCUCACUAGCGUUGCACUCCAUCAUCAGGUGUGUAUUAAGAUGCACGGGAUUAUCUAGUUCAGAAAGUAGCGGUAGCCAGGAAACAACUUUAGUUAAAGCCAACACUGGAAUCAAGAAAAAAGCAUUAAAGAGUUUCCCAACACUCAGCUAUUGGGAAGGGCUGAAGCUACCAGGAUUUAACAAAGAAUGUGUUAUAUGCUUGGGUGACUUUUCAACAGGAGAGCGAGUAAAAAUACUGCCCAAGUGCAACCAUGGAUUUCAUGUGCGUUGCAUCGAUAAAUGGCUGAGUUCACAUUCAUCUUGUCCAACUUGCAGGAACUCCUUACUUGAAACAUGUCAAAAGUUUGUCACAGGUGGGAAAUGUAGCAGCAGUAUGUCUUCACAACUGCAAGAUCAAGGUCUAAGAAAUACUACUAUUUUAACCAUAUUGCCUCUGUCGCAUGAAGGUCUUGUACGAAAUUAUGAGACCUUCAUCCAUAAUGGACCAAAAAACGAACGGUUGCUCUUCUUACGUUUGAAGAGCAAUCAACAAACCACAGUCCACCAAAAUCGCACUCUGCUUCUUCUUCUUUGCGUCAACCACCAUCUUCAAGGAAGUCGAACCGAAUUUGUUAUUACUGGUGGUUUGUCGUUGGUAGUCGCCCCCACCUCCGUCAACAGCAACAACCAAUGCCUCUGCUGUUUCAAUAGGAUUUUUUUUUCCUAUUUGGGUUUGCUUUAG